AAAUUAUUUGGAUCUGUACAGUAUAUUUUUUGUUUAAUUCAUUAGUGCUAAAAGCUUCUAAUAUCUCCUGCUACUCUAAUAACAAACUCCUGUGUGAAAGAGUCGUGCUGCUGCCAGCCCUUUGCUGUGACGGGUCUGUAAUUUGAGAGCAAAAGCAGGGGGAUCAUUAGUCUAAAGCUAGUGCUGUCUCAGAGAACCAGAUGUGCAGACCCUCCGAGCGAGUGCACGGACUAGAUUGCUCGCCUAUCAUCUCAGCCUGGAUGAAAUCUUACUGCGGGGUGUAGGCACCAAGUCCAAACCGAUUAAAGAGAACUACAAGCAGGCAGGAGACCGAUGUCGGGUGCGUAGGAUGGAGAUGUAGGAUUGUCAGAAUGUUUGUCAUGCAGCAGGCUGCAAUGGAGACUUUCUGAAGUUUGGAUGAUUUUUUUAUUUAUUGAAAUUUUUGUUUUUUGGUGAGUGAAGAAGAUGGUUUGUCUUGAAUUAUUCGUGGCGGCGUGCCUGGUUUGUCUGCGACUCGGAACGGCGUAUUUGGGUCCCCUGUACCCGGAGAUGUCCAACGGCACCUUUCAUCACUACUUUGUGCCGGACGGCUACUACGAAGAAAACGACGACCCCGAACAGUGCCAGAUGCUUUUCCGAGUGAAGGACGAGACCCGGUGCGUCGCGGAGGAGGACACCGACGCGGUGAUCCGCGACGACUUCACCAUCCUCAGGCGGCACGUGGAGGACGCGGCGCGCGUGCUCGAGGCCAUCGGCCGGAGCGUGGCGCUCGACCUCGACGGCGAGGAGGAGAAGAGCUACGGCGAGUUCCUGCGUCGCGAAAGCGCGCAGAUCGGCGAGGCCUUCGGCGGCUCCGAGAGGUCGCUGCUCGAGCUCGAGGUGAAGUUCAAGCAAAGUCAGGACCAGGAGCUGCGCGACGAGCACCGCGUCGGCGACGACUUCCUCGCCAUGGUGGCGCACGCGCGCGACUCGCUGCGCGACACGCUGGACGCGGCGCUCGCGCUCAAGGACAAGCACGAGCUGCUGUCGCUUAUCAUCCGGAGCCACGGCACGCGCUUGAGCCGCCUCAAGAACGAGUACCUAAAGGUGUGAACGUGGAGAGAAAAAAAAGAAAAGGGCUGUCUGGCGAACACAAUGCAGCUAUUUUGUGCAAUACCUUAGAAGGCAGUUUUUUAUUUUAUUAUUUUAUUCACACUCUAGAUGAACUGCAUCAGACUGGACCAGGAGUCAUUAAUUUCCCUUCUUGUUCCAUCUGAUAGGAUCAUAUAAUACUCAGGCUUUGUGACAGUAAAUAGAACCAGGGUUUAAACCACCUGUUCCAUCUUUUUUAGAUGAUGUUCAGGUAUUUAUAUGCAUCAAUAACGUAUUUUCUUCCUUUUUCUAGUAUUUAUCCAAAUGAUUUUAGUCAUUACUUGAAUGUGCAUAUUCUGCAAAAAAAAUCUAAAGAUUUUUAGUUUUGUUUUUUUGUGUUGUUGUACAUUGCACAUCAUAAUCUAUAAAUUCAUAUUCAUAUUUAGCACCCAGAUAAACCCCCUAUUGCUGAAUUCCCAUCCCGUCUUCACUCAUCCAAACUGAACACACAAGGUGUACAAAUAACCCUGAAAACUCUGCGGUGUAUUCGCAACACUUAAACAUGCUGACAAACCUCCUGAAAUACACACUGCUUAAACAUGUGAUGUAAAAUAGCUUUUUAAUACUGUUAUUCAAAGGAGGAGAGAAUAUAUUUGUAAGAGCUUUUUUGAAUGGGGAAAGCUUUUAAUGUUAAUAUGAGCUUUGAGGAUGUUAUACUGUGAGUGUCUAUAUUUUUCAUGCAAAAAAAACUGGCUACAGUGUAAGGUAUUCAUGUUAGAGUUUUUUUGUAGUAUGAAUAUAUUUGUACGAUUUAUUCAUUGAAGGAGAAAAAAAAACGAACAAAACUGAAAUGACGUAUUCUCUGACCAACCAAGAUAACUGCAGGCAGGAAUAUUGGACUUCAAAGCUUCCUAUCAUGUGUAGUUGCAUUCCUGAGAGGUUGUUUAUUCCACUUUGUAAUAAAAAAAAAACUUUAAAGAG